AUGUCUCUCAAGCGGCUCCUGAAUGAUGUCGAAGACGAUGUUCAAUACCCUGACCCGUCGUUCAUCUCCCCUCACGGCUCCGUUUCGGGGUCCUCGUACCAGAGCGCCGACGACUACUCUGGAAACUGCCCCCGCCGGACCUCGUUCCAGGGGUUUGAAAACCUACAGGAGGACCCCGUAAUCGAAGACUAUUCUUCCUGGGGGGACGUCUGUGGCAAUAUCAUCCAGUUCAACCCCGAUAACUUGAGUUACGACCAUUACGACCUCUCGGCGAAUCUGGAUCUCGUAGACGGAGGCGGUCUUGAACACUUUGAUGCCAUUCAGCAAUGGGGGGAUGCGACAAUGGCCUCUACUGGCGGGUCAUAUACCUCUCAACCGUCACCAUCCGGCUCGGGAUCGUCGCGAGACUCUUUGCCCGCGACGCACUCUCCUUCGCUCGCCCCCGAGUCCAUAGUCACCGGCUCGGAUUCAUGCUCGUCGGCGGAUGAGGAGGUUGAGAAGAUAUGCUACGGGAUGCUGUACAACGUCGACGUCAAGUUGAUAGGCGACAUGACCAUCAUUGACACCAAGCUCACCGAAGCGGUGAAAUCGGGAAAGACACACCAGCGAUUCACCCUCUCCGAGCAGCAAGAUCACGUACUUCUCGCCUUCAAAGAUGGUACCGAUUUCGGGUACCUGCGUUCUGGGCCCGGCAAGUCUCUGUCGCCGCUGUUGACCCAAUCCUCCGUCGAGUUCGAGCCCAUCGCCCCCACCGCCACACUCCGAGAAACCAUCGGUCGGGCCAAGAAGCCCGUCGAAGCUAUGGUCAAGGUUGACAUCAACGUCUACGGUCCGCGAAGGCUGGCGCAGAACAUCGGCGACAAGUUGUCCGAGGGGAAGCUGUGGCUGCAGAAGCCGAGCCACAAACGCAGAGAGGUGGAUUACGAAAACCCUCACAUGCUGCAGCUCGACGACCUCGAGGACUUGACGUUGGAGCCUGUGAGGGAGGUCAAUGGCGGUGCUCAGGCGAAGCGGCGGUCGCGCGAGAAUAAUCUGAGUGACAUGAUGAAGGAGAUCUACGAGUCCCUCAACAGAACUCGGCAUCAUGACAAGGCCGAACGCGCAGAGGGACUGAGGAACGAACUUCUGAUGCAUCAACAGGAAGCUCUGGGUUUCAUGUUGCAGAGAGAAUCCGGUGAAAUCGAUGAACGGUAUCAACUUUGGGAGCCCAUCGAGGUGGACGACGAAGUCCGUUACCGUCAUAGAAUCACCAACGUGAAGCAAAGGACUAAACCCGAUGAGAGAGGCGGUGGUAUUCUUGCUGAUGAGAUGGGAAUGGGAAAAUCUCUCUCCAUCCUCUCGCUCAUAAUGAAGACCAUGAAAAGUGGCCUGGAGUGGGCGGAGCAUGAGAACAGCAACGAGGAGAAGCUGAAGGAUGUGAAUUACUCCGGCGCGACCUUGGUGGUUGUGUCAUCUGCCCAAGUCCUCAUUUACAACUGGAUGGACGAAGUCGAAAAACACGUGGUCGGUAAGUUGAAGACUAUCAAAUACCACGGACCGAACCGAGAGAGGGAUAUCGAGAAGAUCAUGAACUCUCAGAUUGUCGUCACAACCUACAACACCUUGUCGGCGGAGUUUGAGAACAAGUCGUCACUCCUUCACAAGAUCGGAUGGUAUCGAGUAGUACUGGACGAAGCCCACAUCAUCCGGCGCCCAGCCACGACGUUCUUCCACGCCUGCAAAGAGCUACACGCCAACUCGCGCUGGUGUCUCACCGGCACCCCCAUCCAGAACAAGCUCGCCGACAUCGGCGCCCUCUUUGCCUUCAUUCGCGCGCGCCCUUUCGAUGAGUUAGCCAAGUUUCGCAAGUACAUCGAGGUGCCAUUCGAACAGAAUGUCGAGAACCCGCAAAAGGUCAAGGAGCGUCUGACCAUGCUUCUGGAAUCUCUCUGCCUGCGUCGGACCAAGGAGCUCCUCCGCCUCCCCGGUCUCCAAGAGGUCGAGAGGAAACUCGACUUCAGCCCGGAGGAACGGGAGCAGUACGACAAGACGAAGAACAUCCUCAUGCGUACGAUCAAGCAGAAGGUCGGCGAGGUGGAGAAGAGCUCCAAGUUCGGCCUGUUCCAAGCGAACUUGCAAAUGCGCAUCCUCUGCAACCACGGGACGUAUCAGAAGCCCUUCUCCUGGCACCGCCGCGCGUAUCGGCUCGACGAGCGCGAAGCCGUGGCGAGCGCCUUGGGCCAGAACGCCGAGAUCACCUGCGACGGCUGCCACCAGCCCAUGCCCAUUAUCGGGUCGAGCCAGAUGGGCAAUGAGUUUGAGCAGUGCAAUCACGUCUUUUGCUCCGAGUGCCUCGAGGAGUCGAACUACUCUGCGGGUGCGGCCACCUCGAACGGGCGACACUGUCCUGUUUGCGAGAAUUGGAUCAAGUCCGCGAAGGCCCAGCGCACUGGUCCAUCUGGAGUACCUGUUCUGAGGGUGGAUGACGUUGAGAUGGCUGAUGCAUCGGCCGAACCAUCAUCUAUGAAGGAUGAUGAGAAUUACUUCAACCCCACUGGGCACUCCACCAAGAUGCAGGCGUUGAUCAGGGAUGUCAUGGAGAAUCUUAACGAAACCAAGAGUAUCAUCUUUUCCUGCUGGACCAGGACUCUGCAGCUGGUGGCGCAACACCUGCAGGCAGCGAACAUUGAAUUUUUGAGGAUCGACGGCGACUGCUCCCUCAACCAACGCCAGGAGAUGCUCAGAGAGUUUUCAAACAGCGAUAGGAAAAGGGUUCUCAUCAUGACUACUGGUACAGGAGCCUUUGGCCUGAAUCUCACUUGCGCGAACCGCGUCUUCAUCGUCGAGCUCCAGUGGAACCCCAGCGUCGAGAAUCAGGCAAUUGCUCGCGCUAUCCGUCUCGGCCAGGGACAGAAGGUGCUGGUCACUAGAUAUGUCAUCAACAACACCGUCGAGGUGGAAAUGAGUUCUCAGCAAACUGUCAAGAAGAACCUCGCGGCUAUCGGGUUCGAUGAGAAUUACGACGUGGAAGAAAUGGAUGAGUCUUAG